AUGGAGGAGGAGGAUGAGCAUUAUUUUAUUCGCAAUAAGAUGGAGGGGAAUACAACUUAUGUUGGGGCUGAGGGGAGGAUGGAACAGAUGGAAGUCGACGAUGGGCCGAAGGUAUUGAGUCCUGCUGUUAAUGAGUUCCGGAGGGUGUCGAAGAGGGAUUCGCUUUUGGCAAGGUUUUAUUGA